CCGGGGGCAUGCUGGGAAUGUCACGAGGGCUGUCUCCUUUCCUGGAUUGCUCCCUCGUGUUUCCUGGAUCUUUCUUCCUUUAGGGAGCUGAGGAAGUGGAGUGAACUAGUGCACAGGCGCGGCCGGAGCUCCCUGCUCUGGCGGAGAAGACUUUCUACUCUGUAUGUCCUGCGAGGAGAGAAGACGCGGGUGGCCGCGUUGCGGGUGUACAAAGAGCAGGUCUCCCCACCUCGGGGCUCCCACCCCCCCCUGAAGGAGCACAAUCUGUCUGGAGCAGAGACCCCAGAGCCAGAGGGAAUGGCCCCCGGGACCCUGAGGUUCCCUUCCCAGGGGUCAAUCACAUUGAGGGACGUGGUUGUAGACUUCACAAAGGAGGAGUGGUGCCUGUUGGAUCAUUCUCAGAAAGAGCUGUACAAAGAGGUCAUGCUGGAGAAUGUGCAGAAUCUACAAUAUGUGGGGGUUACAGUUCUCCGAGAAAAUUUUGUCACCUGUUUUCAGCAAGGGCAGUCACCAUCGCUGCCAGAACAAAAAGACCAAUGGGUCUCCUGUCCAGAGGCAGAGACUAAUUUUGAAGUGAAGGAGAGAUGUACCAACCUGAAUAUAUUUGUAGAAGGAUCUCGCCUCCAGAAGUUCAUCAAUAAGGGUCUUUGCGACUUUAUUGUGAGUGAAAUCUGUGAGUCUGAUAAUAAGGUAAAUAAAAUUCCAAUGAGUGACUAUGAAUUUGUUGAAACUGCAGAGAAAUUCAGCCAAUAUUCAGUACUAAAUCAGCAUAUGAAAUUGAACUUGGGAAAUGACUAUUCUCAGGAUAGUGAAUACAGCACAUGUUUUCCUGAAGAAGUAGAAUUUAUUCAGUUGCCAGAGAAACCUCCUGAAUUGCUCAUGUAUCAAGGUAACCUAGGUGAAAUGGCAUUUGAUUCGAGUUUAGAACUCAUUAGCCAUCCAAAAAGGAAACGUAAAAAGAUGCUUACUGUGAAUAAUAAAGUUGGGAGACCUUGCCAUCAAAUCUCUGAGUUUUGUUCUAAUCAAAUAUGCCCCUCUGGAGAGAAGAAGCCUUAUGAAUGUACACAAUGUGGAAAGGCUUUUACAGUUAGUACCAACCUUACCAGACAUCAGAGAAUCCACUCUGGAGAGAAACCUCAUGAAUGUAAACAAUGUGGAAAGACUUUCACUCGGAAGUGCCAUCUUGCCAGACAUUUUAGAAUCCACACUGGAGAGAAACCUUAUGAAUGUAAACAAUGUGGAAAGGCUUUCCCACGGAGCAGCCGUCUUGUUGCACAUCAGAGAAUCCACACUGGAGAGAAACCUUAUGAAUGUACACAGUGUGGAAAGACUUUCACAGAGAGGGCCUCUCUUCGUCUACAUCUGAGAAUCCACACUGGAGAGAAACCUUAUGAAUGUUCACAUUGUGGAAAGUCUUUCACAGAGAGGGCCUCUCUUCGUCUACAUCUGAGAAUCCACACUGGAGAGAAACCUUAUGAAUGCACAAUAUGUGGAAAGGCUUUCAUUCGGAGGCACCAACUUACUUUACAUCAGGCAGUCCAUACUGGAGAGAUACCUUUUGAAUGUAAACAAUGUGGAAAGGCUUUCAUUCAUAAGUGCCAACUGACUUCACAUCAGAGAACCCACACUGGAGAGGAACCUUAUGAAUGUAAACAAUGUGGGAAGGGUUUCCAACAGAAGGCUUCUCUCAUUGUACAUAUGAGAACCCACACUGGAGAGAAACCUUAUGAAUGUAAACAAUGUGGAAAGGCUUUUAGAGAGAAGGGUUCUCUUCGUUCACAUCAGAGAAUCCACACUGGAGAGAAACCAUAUGAAUGUAAACAAUGUGGAAAGGUUUUCAAACACAAGGGCUCUCUUACUUAUCAUCAGAGAAUCCACACUGGAGAGAAACCUUAGGAAUGUACACAAUGUGGAAAGAUUUUCACAGAUAAGGGCUCUCUUCGUCUACAUCUGAGAAUGUAUACUGGAGAGAAACCUUAUGAAUGUGGACCAUGUGGAAAGGCUUUUAGAACUAGAUCUCAUCCUUGUAAAUGUCAGAGAGUUCGCAUGAGUGAGAAACCUUAUGAAUGUAUGUAAUGUGGAAAGGCUCUCUCACUGAACAUCUAAGAAUCCACACUAUGAGAAAUUUUGUGGAUGUAAACAGUGAGGGAAGGCUUUCACAGUGGGGAAAUGUCUUUCUGUACAUCAGAGUACCCACACUGCAAAAGAAACCUUAGGAAUAUAGGCAAUGUGGAAAGGCUUUCACACUGAAGAGUCAUAUUGCUACGCAUCAGAGCAUCCACAUUGGAGAGAAUCAAGUUCCAUAGUUGUUUUAUUUCAGAAAAUCCUCACUGUAGAGAAACCUCAUGCAUGAUACUGACCUUAUAAUUGCCACUUUAACUUAUUUAACAUUAGAAAAUCUGCACUAGAGAAACUGUAGGAAUAUGAUCAAUGUAGUAAGUCCUUCCGGCAACAAUCAUGUUAUUCCCAACUGAGAAUUCCUUUUGGAUUGAAAUCUUAUUCCUCUCAUUUAUGAAGAAAGACAUUGAAAUGGAGAGUCCUGAGUUUGUUCAAUAUAAGAUGAUGUCUUCUGAACAGAGAAGUUCCAGAUGGAUUCCCUAUAGGAAGGCUUUCAGCCAGAGAUCAUCUCUUACUUCAUGUCAGAGGAUUCAUAGUGCAGAAAAACCUGAUGAAUAUUCUCAAAUUGAAUAUGUUCUCUAUAGGAGGAGGGUGAUCAUUAUUACUUAGAAAACCAGAAAAGUCUUUUUGCUAGAGCCUAGACUUUAUAUAUGGUUCCAAAGAGGAGCCCUCAUUAAAUACCCCAAUAUUCUUAAUUUGCGAAAAAAUGUUACAAUAAUACUUUUUCUUUGAGAUUCUAAUGCUUGUGAUUCUUCACUAUUUGCCGGCAUUUGUGUAUUAAAGUUUUUUUCUCACUCUAGUUAAUUGGCCCUAGUUUCCUGUCUUUUGCUGUCACAUAUAGAUCUCAUAGAAACAAAAUAAGAAUGCUUGAGAAAGAUGUUGAAGGAUGGGGACCUGAGCCCUACUGCUCAUUCCAUUCUAUCCAUGGUGUCAGACUCAUGAUGCAUUUGGCUGAUUUCUGGGUGUGAACAUAAGUCCCACCCCUGUGAUGAUGUAAUAAAGGAGAAUUUGAGAUGUCCAAGACCACCUUAUUUUUGGAAAUGUCAAAUAAUGGACACUCAGGUGCCAUCCUAAGGUUAAGCUGUCAGGCUAAGGAGAAACAGGACCCAAGUUGCUUCAUAAACAAGAGGCAAGGUACCCCAUUUUCUGGGAAUGAUGUUGAUGGAGACACAUUUUUUUUUAAGGGAAUCUCAUGCCCCUUUGAGAAAUCAUUAUUUUCAGAGAAGUACCCUCAUUCUAUAAAAAUGGACUUGAAUCCAGCACAGCAAUCCCCAGAAGUCCUUGGUCCACUUCUCCAGAAUGCUUUUUAAUAUCACUGACUUCUCUCCUGGGCCGAGAUCUAGAUUGGGUGUUUAACCUGAUUGUAAAGGCUUUUGUGGGCUUUUCCUGUUUCCACUUGCAAGCAGACACGGCUCCUUUCAUAAUGUAGGUGAGGUUGUCUAGGCCCGUGGGCCUAGACAUGUGCUUUCUUAUCCCAUAUUUUCUUUUAUCCUUAAUCUUCAAUAAACCUCUUAAAAUAUACUCCUUGCAGAGAGAAACUAAUUUCUACCUUCCUCAGUUCCAAAAAUUUUAAUCUUAACAAUUUUGGCAACCUAACGGAAAAAUGAAAUACUCUCAAUCUUCUGAUUCUUUUCCUUACUGAUCUUUAGUUCAGCCUUUAAUAGCUACUGCCUACAUUUUUUAACUACGUUCUUCAAGAUGCUUUUUUAGAAAACCAUCUUGAUCAACUCCUGUCAGCAGCCAUGUGCUUCAAAGUUCUUGAGCCGUUCCCUCCCACCGGCUUGCCUGCUUCUCCCUGCCUGCAGCCCCCGUUCCUGACGUUUCUCCGUCUUCACCUGGUGCUUUGGCUCCCGGCCCUGUGUUCUUGUCCCUGCCCACCCCAGUGGUUUCUUGUCCAUCUGGCCCAGGUGAUUCUAGUCCAGCAAAACCUGGCCUCCGACCCUGACGACUCAUCGCCCCAGCCCCAGCACUGAGGAUGCUGGUAGCAGAUCUAGUUUCUUCAGGAUCAAAAACCAGCUGGUAUAAAACAGGGGUAUUGACCACAUGGGAAGAUCAUAGGAGGAGAGAUAGAAAAGGGAGAUAAGAAACAGACUUUUCCAAACAGGAACUUAAAAGCAAUGGGCUAUUUAAAAGGAUACCUUUUGACUGUUCUGGUAAUUUCAUUGAAUUUACCUGCGUGUCAGAAGAAAGAUUUGGCCCAAAGAUUCAACUUUACCUUUGAAGUUUCAAAUGGGUGGCUCAGCGAACUGAGAGCCAGGCCUACAGACAUGGGGUCCUGGAUUAAAAUCUGGCCUCAGAUACUCUCCAGCUGUGGGGCCCUGGAUGGGUCCAUUAACCCUCAUUGCUUAGCGUUUACCACUCUGCCUUCCGACAAUAGACAUUUAAAUGGAUAAGAGCCCAAGGAACUUUAAAGAGAUAAUGAUAAGGUAUUUCAGACUCCAAUGGUUUAUAAAAAUCUUUGUAUUUCUAUUUCAUUUUCCUGAUUGUUUUGUUUAAUAUAUAAUUUUGUGAUUUUAAAUUCAUAUAUUACUGGAUUCAAUAUUAUUCUGUUAUACUGUUCAUUUAAUGUGCUGAGUUUUAAAAUUCUAUUGCUUUUCCCUAUAACUAUAUUGAGAUCAUAGUAAUUAAGCCCAUAUAUGAAAAAACAGCCAUUGUAUUUUUACCUUUGUAAAUUGUCACAUAGAGGAUAGAUGGACUUCUUCAGAACUAGUUACAAUUGCUAUAACAACCGUUGGAAAAUUUAAUGUGCUAAAUAUCUCAACUGAUUUUAAGGGUUUUUUAAACAUGAUUUUUGGAUUUUAUGUGGUGCUCCAGAUGCUACUGGGUCCAGUUGAGCAGAAAAAUAAGCAAUUGGGUGCUGAGAAGGUCCCAAAGUCUGAGUUAAAAAACCAGAAUCUACUCUUCACUCAUGCACAUACAAAGUAAAUGGUUUGUUGUAAUCUGGGAUGCCUAGAGCAGUGGCAGACAGGAUAGCCUUUUUUAGAUCUGAUAGAGCUAACAAGUGUUCAGGCUCUAAUUUGAGGGGUUCAGGAACUGAAUCUUUUGUUAGUGCUAUAAGGGGUUUAGUAAUUUCCCCAUAGCAAGGAAUCCAUUGUCUGCAAAACCCUGUUGCUCCUAAAAUAGCUCUCAACUGUUUCUUAGUAGUAGGCACGCUUAAAUGUUUACUAUCUUCUUGACAUGUUUCUGCAUCUGUUGAAGCCAAGAGUAGAUCAUCUACAUAUUUGAUUAAUUUACUAUUUUUAAAUGUUAUAUUGUUUGUGUCUUGGCUCAAAAUUUGCUCAAAUAAACUUGGACUUUUGACAUAACCCUGUGGCAGCCAACUCCAUGUAUAUUGUGAGCCCUUCCAGGUAAAAGCAAAAAUAUGCCUGGAGUUCUCAUGUAUAGGUAUGGAAAAGAAAGCUGAGCACAAGUCAACUACUGUAAAGUAUGUAGGUGUGCUAGGAAUAGAGGAAAUAAUAGUAUUGAUUUUGGAAACUACGGAGUGUCUCUUUUUAACAUGAUUAUUCACCGCCCUCAGAUCCUGUACGAAUCUAUAGAGGUACUUGCCAUCAGGUUCUCUUUUUGUUUUCUUAACCGGCAGGAUGGGUGUGUUGUUUUCAGAUUUGCAAGGGAUUAUUAUUCCCUGAUCAAUUAAUGAGUUAAUAACUUGUGUAAUACCCUCAAUUGCCUCCUGGUUGAAAUGGGGAUACUGAGGAAUGGAAGGAAGUGGGCUAGAUUUAGAUUUUAUCUGUACAGAAACAGCAGAUUUAAGUAAGCCUACAUUGGAAGAAGAUGUGUCCCAAAGAGACUCCAGUAUAUCUUUAGGUAUUUCAAAAGUGGGAGGCUCUUUUGCCUCUUGGUUCUCUGAGAAAGAGAUUUACAGGGAGUAAAUUUAAAGAUUCCUCUGGAAUUCCCAAGGAUAAGGAACCAUCUGGGGAACAAGUUAUUGUGGCUCUGAGUUUGCAUAGGAGGUCUCUCCCCAGCAAAUUUAGAGGGGAGUCGGGCAUCAAAAGAAAGGAAUGUUGUACCUCUAGGGGUCCUACAGACACCAUUCUAGGGGCAAGUCUUUUUUAACUCUUUGGGGUAUUCCUGAUACUCCCACUACACUUUGUGAGUCAAAAGAAUAACAACUUAAAUCUGGUACAUUCUUCAAUACAGACCUGGUAGCUCCAGUGUCUAAGAGACAAUCAUAAUAAGUGUUACCCACCUUUAAGGUAACGUGGGGUUCAUUAGUAUGGGGAGGGCAGUGGAUAUGGACAACGGGUAGUAGGACAUCAGGGUCCGGAAAAUCAAAGGUUGUAUCCUCUGAUUCCUGUGCCCCAUGCCUCCCCCAUCCCCCCCGCAGACACCUUCAUUGUGUUUGGGAUGUUCCUUGGGCACCCCCCUGAAGGGCACCUCGACUGUUUUUUGGACGAGCACUAUUUCUUAUAUAUUGUUGUUGGGUAUUAUCAUUUUCUUCAUUUGGAGCAUUGUCAUUAUUUUCCCAAUUCCUAUUUCUAUAAUUUUGGUUUCUAAAGUUCUUAUUUCUAUAUUCAUUAUAGCUAUUUCCAUAAUCAUUAUAAUUUCUAAAAUUCUGGUUUCUAUGACCAUUAUCAUUUCUAUAUUUGUUAUUUCUAAAGUUGUUAUUAAACUGCGUAUUUCUUCCAAUCAUCUUAAGAAAGGUUCUACAUUCCAUCAUUUAGUGGCCCUUCUUCUCACAGAAGUGACAGGUUACAGAUUUGUUUGUGAAUUCCCGCAAAGGGGCUAUAGUCUAUCCCUUAUUUUUCAAUUUCUUUCUUUAAGUCUUCCACUAAAGUAUUGCCUUCCUCAGGUCUUUUUACACGACCUUUAUAAACAUAGGUUGCUACUGUCCUCAAUUCUUUGAGGUCCAUAGAGUCCCAAUUAGGACAGCUAGUUUUAAAGUAGUCUUUUACCACUGAACAACAAUUCUCAACGAAUUGCCUACAUAUUUGCCUAAUGUCCCUUUCUCUGGAUAAAUCAAGGUCCAUAUAUGUAUUUCCUACAUCAAUAAGUCCAUAAACUGGGAGGGUGUUUCAUCAAUAUCUUGUUGGGUUAUUUCAAAUUUUGAACAUUUUUCAGGUCUAUAAAAGCAAGCUCUCAUGGUUAUCAAUAAUGCUUCUCUGGCCUGGUUUAGUUUUGUGUGAUCUAGUUCAACAUUGGGGUUCCAAUGUGGGUCUUCAGUAGGCCAAUAAUGUCCUCUUCUACCUCAUUUCUGAUUAGCCAGAGAGAUGAUAUUGUUUUUUUCUCUUUUUAUUAAAAAUGUUUCUAAUAAAUUCUCAACAUCCAUCCAAGUGGGGUCAAAAGUUCUGAAUAUGUUCUCUAAUUUUUUUAUAAUCAUUAUUGGUUUUUCCUCAAAUGAUGGCAUAUCUUCCUUAAAUUUAUAUCCUUAGGGCUAAAAGGUGUAUGAUGUCUUACACAUACCAAAUUUCCAUUUUUUUUAAAAAGUGGGUACUUCCCUUAAAGGAAAUAACCUAUCUGAAUUAUUUGCGACUCCUGUUUCUAGGCUUCUUGCUCCAUUCUCAGUGGGAUUCUCAGGAUUCCUCAAUGUGGGAAUUUUUAACAUUCACAAGUCAGAGAAAUUUCAAGGUUUACACCUCCCCUAAAUUCUCACAUCUACCAAUCACAAUAGACAUUUUCGAAAGGACAGACCAUUCUUAAUUCACACCUAAGAUGGCUAAAUUUUUGAGUAAUUCACACCUGAGUAAGUUCUCACCUCUUUGCUCCUUGUAAAUUCACAAGUUGCCUGACCUUUAUAGGUACUUAGCACCCUUUUUGUACUAGAUCUAAAAAAUAGGCACAGUUUAAGAACUUGACUUACUAUAAGUAUGGGUUUAAGUAUUUUUCAUUGUUCAGCAAGGAGUGUCUUCCCCUAAAGCAGGCAUAAGUAGGGGUGGAGUAGAGAUCUCACAUUCCUGAUCUAAGUUCCUUCAUUGUUUAAAAUGGGGAAUGGUCUUAACCAAAACUUAUGAAGUAGGGUCUGAGAAUUUUUAAGAUUCACAGAGGCCAAUGACAUUUUUUCUCAUUCUCCCCCUCUGCCCAGCAGCCCAGUGGGAAAACAGUAAGGUGAGUGGCACACAAGAGGCAGAGAUAAGAGAGAAGGGGAGAGCUGAGGUCACUCCCCUCCCCCUCUACACAGCCUGAGGACAAUCCUCUCCUCACCUCACGUGACUUUUUAUCCAGCAGCCCAAUGGAAGCGAUUUCUCUCUCCUCUAUGG